CAGCUCAAAAAUCAAUGCGGGAGUCGCCGCCGGGAGUUCUCGGGAUUUUUCUUAAGAAUACCAGUGACGGAGGACCUUCCGGAAGAAUUCUUAGUGACGCGUGGUGACCGAGUCGAGGGUGGUGAGGAUGGCUGCCAAGAUGCCGGAGGCGUUGUAUUCGUGCGAGGUGUGCGGGCAAGAGGGCCUCACGGACGACGACCUGCGCUCACACAUGCUGCUAGCGCACCUGGAGGGCACCGCCUCCUGCCCCUUCUGCGACCUCGGGGACAUCAGUCCGGAGGAGAUGGUCCACCACGUCAACAUCGCCCACCUGGACUACCUGAGUCCCCAGGACGAGUCGCUGGAGGAGACGUUGAUGAUCACCAAUGGGUUCGGUGACCACGUGUUAAUCGACAGCAUUUUCAGAAAAGGCCGCGUAAGCAAUGCCGCGAUGGACAAUCAUGUGCCUGUGAUCACGGUGGAGGACGAUGAUAACGAUAACUAUAACGCCAACCUAAGCCCUUCGCACGGCAAGGGAGGGAGCCCCGGCAACCAGGGGUCUCCCGCCCGCGCUCAACUCUCCCUCAACCUCAAUCAGCUGGACAGACGGAACAGACUGGCCAGCCCCGGGGUGCGCAGCCCCCUGAUCGACACCAGAGUGACCCAGUGCCCGAUCUGCGGCAUGAAGGAGCCCUCGCCGGCCAAGCUGGAGGAGCACGUCAACAGAGCCCACUUCGACCUGACCUCCCCGUCCUUCCCCUCUGUCACGCCGCAGGAGGAGGUGUCGCUCACGUGCCCGCUGUGCAUGAAGCAGUUCGAGUGCAGCCCGGACCUGGAGCUGCACGUCAACAUAGAACACAAAGAUAUCCUCAGUCCGGCCAAGUCCACAGUUGCAACACCUGUGGAAAGUGAAGGAAGCGACAUUGGAUCUUGCCCAGUAUGCAGUCGAGCAGGGUUCAACACCCACAAUGAACUUGCAGCUCAUAUUGAUACUCAUUUCUCCAGAAAGUCUUCUAUUGAGACCCCAGAAGAUGGAGGCUGGGAGAGACGUCUUGUUACCGAGUUGGAGAAGCAAGAGAAAGAAGUGCAGCGGAUGAGAGAACAGCAGGAGUUUUCUCUCUUGCGGAAUUUCCAGACAGAAAAUUUUGUUACCCAAACCCUGAGGAAGCUAACAAUAUAA